AUGCCCGCCCCGUCGAAAAUCAUCCUACAGGUUUGCCUGAUGUCGAAUGGGAGCAGAUCGUCCCCCCCGAAAAGACUGUCUAUGAGGGUGGAAACCACGGCAGAAUUGAGCCCUUUGUCUGCUAUGGCCUCGGCACACAGACCGCUCCCUCCUCCUGCGCUCGCCGACCCCUUUGCGGGGCACGGGACCUACGUGAGCCUUUUUCCAAGCGCCCACCAUGACCGGCACUGCCCCCCGACUCCCCCUCCUCCUCCGGGCUCGAGCUCUCUGUUUCACUCGUGCUGUCUGCCCCGCCCGAGCUCUCAUUUUCACUUGCACAGCUCUCUUUACACAAAGCCUUUCUCUCACUCCGCCGGCACUCACCACUCCUCCCCCCGCCGGGCCUUGGCCAGCCACCAUCGACCCUCACUGCUCUCCUCCCCCCGCCGGCGUUAUCAGCUCCCCCCGCCUUUCUCCUUCCCUCGAGGGGCCAUUUCGAGACCCACAGGGCGGGGGCUCAUCCCUAAACUCUGCGGUUUCCACAACUUCUCCAGCUUCCCCGCCAGCUCUUUCCACACAGAGCUCCCUCCACCGCUCCGCUCCUGCCCCCCCGCAGACGAAUCCGGGUUAGAAAGCUGCGGGGAAUCAUCGCCCUCCGGUGUGUUUUUAAGCACAGCAGAAUCACCAGAAACUGGGAGGGGUGGGGUCUGCGUAGCCGCCCCCAUCCCCAACUUCAGGGACGUCUCUCAGGCGCGUUUGUGCUGCCUCCCACGUCUCCUGCUCCCCCCUCGCCUUUCGCAAGGCUCGGAUAACUUUCCCCCACGCUUUCAGGCUUGCAAUCAAUCCCCCACUGAUUAUGAACCUCAGAUACGACCUUCACAAGGGCUUCCAUCCUCCUUGGUGGUCCGGGAGGGUCCUCCCCUGCCCGGCUGGUCCAGCUGCCCGGCCGCCUUCCACCCCAGCUCAGGCGAAAUCCCGUCCCGAUGCCCGGGGAGCCUCCGGGCCACGCGGGGUUCGGCACCACUCGAGACGCGGUGACCUGGCCAGGAGAGACACGGAGACCCUCGCUUGGUCUCUCGGGCCAUGAACCUGCAGACCCCGCUGUGGUGGGCAGGGAAUGGCGUUUAUUGCCUCGUGACGCGGCCCUGUACGAUGCUCACAUUGUCACUUCUGUCCGCUCACGCUGCCGCCUCAGCUCUGGUGGC